UCUCUCUCUCCUUCCCAGUCCCUCAUUAACAUCUGGAAGGGAUCUCUCCUUUUCUGCAUUUCCUUUUGGAUAUUUGCGCGUCCUUUGCUGACAUGGAAUUGGUUUGGAGAGUCCGAAGUGCACACAUCUGACGGGAUCCUUUGAAACACCCGGAAUGGCGCACUGCCAGGGCUUCUUAUGGGCACUCUGCUUGGCAGUGUUGACUUGUGGCUCAGUGGACUGUCAGAUUGGGGACAAUGAGCCCGAGUUGACCUUCAAGGAGAAGGUGCCACCUGUCACCAAAAACGUCUGCGUUCCGGAAUGCAAGUGCGUCAAUGAGGGAGAGGUGAACUGCGAGGGAGUCAAUCUGGCGGAGUUCCCUGAGGAUUUGCCAGAAAGCACCCGACACCUUUUGCUGCAGAACAACAGGAUCCACGAGAUCCCCCACGAGAUGCUUGCUCGACUUCAAAAGCUGGAAACCCUCAACCUGCAGAACAACCAGCUCACCUCUCAUGGACUGGAAGAAGAAGCCUUUGAAGUUCUGGAGAACCUGAAUUAUUUAUACUUGUCCAACAAUAAGCUCACUGCUCCGCCUCGCUUCCUUCCACCUUCGCUCAUCAGUGUCGACGUUGCAGUUAACCAGCUCACCAAGGUUUAUCUUCACACCUUUGGACAGAAGGCAGGCCUCAAGUCGGUGUAUCUGCACAACAAUAAACUGACAGACGCCGGCCUACCCGAUCACGUCUUCAACGGAUCUGACAACAUCGAGACGCUGAUCAUGUCGAGCAACUUCCUGAAGUACGUGCCCAAGAACCUGCCAGUCUCCCUGAACAAGCUGCACCUCAAGAGUAACAGGCUGGAAAAAAUCCCCAAGGGGGCUUUCACGCACUUGUCUGAGCUACGAGAGCUGUACCUGCAAAACAACCUGCUAACCAACGAUGGGAUGGACAAUGAGACAUUCAUCCACCUGAACAGUCUUGAGUAUCUUGACCUGUCCUCCAACAACUUGAGCCUCAUCCCUCAAGGCCUUCCUCGAAACCUUGUUCUCCUGCACCUGGAGAAGAACGCCAUCCGCAGCAUCUCCGACGAUGUCCUGACCCCCAUCCGUGACCUGGAGUACCUGCUCCUCCACAACAACAAGCUGCGCUCGGUCGCCAUCGACCCCAAAGCCUUCCAGGGCCUCAAGAAGCUCCACACGCUGCACAUGUAUAACAACCAGCUGGAACGCAUCCCCCGGGGGCUGCCUCGGCGGGCCAAGACCCUCAUGCUGCUCCACAACAAAAUCUCCGAGAUUGGCCGCAAUGAUCUGGUUACCCUGUACUCCCUCACCGACCUCAACCUGAGCUACAACAAGCUGACCAGCCCUAAGGUGCACAAGGAGGCCUUUCGAAAACUGCGCCUGCUUGAGGUCCUGGACCUGUCUGGGAACAGCCUGCAGAUGCUCCCGGUCGGACUUCCCAAGAGUCUGCAGGAACUGAAGAUGAAGGACAAUGAACUGAGCACUGUGUCCGACGGGGCCUUCGAGGGCAUGGACAAACUCCGGGAGGUCUACCUGAGCAACAACAAGCUGAAGGUGAACUCCGUGUACCAGGGGGCCUGGCAGGAGCUGAGCAGCUUAAAUAUACUCGACCUCUCCCUCAAUCAGCUCUCUCACGUCCCUGCCGACCUCCCCGAGUCUCUGGAGUACCUCUACCUGCAGGGCAACCGCAUUAGCACCAUUCCAGAGGGCAUCUUUGAUGGCACACCCAACCUUAAGGUCAUCAAUCUGAGAUAUAACAGACUGGCUCCUGGCACAGUCAAGGAAAGCAUAUUUUCCCACUUGAAGAAUCUGCAGGCUCUUGAUUUUGGCUCAUCUUUAGAGAAGCCAGGAAUUGAUUCUAACAGCAAAUUGAGAGCGUGGUUUGAAGAAGACAAGGAGGAGCACGAAGAAGGGGAGGAGGAGGACGAUGACGAGACGGAGCAGUAAGAGCACAGCAAUGAGUCCUAAUAAGCAAAUAUGGGCUCCGCGUGGCAGCCACCUUCACUUCCUUAUUGACUGACUGCCUGAACCACUGUGGGUGAUGAUAGGAUUGGCCACCAGGGCGGCGGUGUCCAUGCAGAUCUGCAUGCUGUGGGGAGGCUUUUUUUGACCGUGUAUUAUUAUUCAGCCUACUGCAGUUCUUGUCUUUCUCGGCUUUGCUGUUCAGCGCUUUCCUCCUGCCGCCACACGCCAUUCUGAGGACUGAGGUUUGUUUGGGCUGGCAAAGGUGAACAGAAAUGUAACGAGCAGGAACGAGGGGCCAAAUCCAAGUUACGUUCACUCGCGAAUCUGGUUCACUGCUUUAAUUGUAUAGAUUUUAGCUCACCCUGACAAGUAGCACAGUCUGCAAAAACAGAGCUUAUACAUUUCGCUGGCGGAAUCUGAGCAGUUGGAUUGUUUUUGCUGGAACUAACAAUCAAUAAAAAAUGUGUUUUAUGCAAGA